AUGACUCUUCCGCAAACAGCGAUUCCUGAGGAGGAACUACAGGAAACGAUGGAAGCCUCGAUGAUUUUUUUCGACCAGGAGUUUGAACCAAAAGUAAUUUUUCCUGUUUUGAUUUAUUUUUCAUUCGAGAAAGCCACUCUGAAAUUAGCAUUUAGGAAAAAAUCGCAUAAAACGUUUUUGGUUGAGUGAAUUUAGUAACCACUGGGUUGGGAAAAAACCAGUUUCAUUGCCACUUAGAUGUUUCUGGCUCUUAAAAACUGCUGAGUAAGUCGAAUAGGAGGAAAAAUUUUUCAAUGAUUUUCAGUUUUUUCGACAAUUAUAUUUGAAUGAUAGACUGUUUGAGAAAAUACUUUGGAUGAAAAAAAGAGGAUAGUGAUUUUCAAUUAAUCAGUUUUCAAUCACUCACAGAAACUAAUUUUUCAAGCGUUAGAGUGCUCGAAAACCAAAACAUACUAAUGGCUAACUGUUUUGGUCGACGCAGCUUCCACGGGAAAACAUUGAGCAUCAAUAAAAAAAAAUGGUGCAAAGAGCCUAAGACAAACAGGAAAUUUCAAAGGUUGGCCUGUUGGGUGCUUAUCAAAAAUAUUUGCAGUCGGCUGAAGCGUCCGACUGGGAGGCUUAUUCGACUCCCGCAGGCAGCGCCAGUGACCUCAGCAGCGAGAAAAUGUACGUCGAUUGUUUUUUGAUUGAUUAUUCGGUAGAUGGGGUUUUCAUAAUUCAAUCAAAAUGAUGAGUUUUCCGAAGGCUCGAACAAGUUUGAGUCAAGUCGUAGAAUACCAGACUCCCAUUUCAAGGGAUAACAGCAAUCUAACGUAAAAGUUUCUUUGUAAAACUCGGUUGGUCUGGAGCAUUUUAAUGGGUCCACAUCUUCUAGAUCACUCCAUUGUUAUAUUCCCUCCAAUUUUUGGGUACCUAUAAAUCCCGAAAAAAGACGUAGAAAAUACAGCAAUUGCAAGUCAUUCCGGACAAGCGAUUCUGUACUGAAAUUUUCCAGUUUCUUUAGCUAAGUUUUCUCCAUCUGAAUUAGAAUCUUUUUAUUUAUAAAAAAAUUUUUACCUAAUCAAAAAAACAACAAUGACAUUUCUGGAUGUCUGAGAUUCCUCCGAAAAAAUUCUGAAACUGUUUUAAAUGAAGUUUCUUGAAUCUUUGCCACCAAGGCCUAGUAGUCAUAGACAAAAAAAAACUGUAAAAAACGUUCGGGCACGCCUUCGGGUGAAUUGUUAGCACAAAUCAAAAGUGACAACGAAACCGUUUUUUUUGCGCUUUCUCUGAACACGACGCGCCUAAUGCGAUUUUGUGAUUUAUCGCAUUCUGUGGGUGUGGCAGGGUUUAUGAUAAAAUGUGCGUUUUCCAACUGAUUGUAAGUCUCUUUUCGAACGGAACUUCACCGGUCGUCCUUUCAUUGAUUUUUAUUUUUGAAGUUUUGGAGUUAAUAUCUGAAGUGUAGAAAGAAACAGAAGUCUUAGUUUUUGCUAUUUGUAUAUUUUGAUCGUUUUUUUUUAGUUCUAUUCAUGAUUUUUGUUACCGAUUUGUUUUUAUUUGUUGAGGGUUGGAUUAAAUUUUGAAAAAUUUUUGAUGAAUAUAUUUGAAGGAAAAUGAAACCUAAAAAAAGUCUGCAAGACGCGUGAAUAUCGUAUCUACAAAAUUUAAAAAAAGUUCAUUUUUACCCGUUUUUUUCCCCUUUUUUUCAAUUGAUGCUUCAAUUUGUCUGUUGACCAAUCAGCGUACUAAAAAAACGAAACUUGGAAAGUUAAAAAGGGUGUGGCUGAUCUAGCGAUUGGUGUGUGGGCGUUGAAAUGACUUAUCGAAGAUCUGAUUCAGUUCAGAUUUAUUAGUCUGAUCCUUCCCUUCAGAAAUUGGAAAACACUUGUAUAAAAAUUAACUGAUAUAUUCAAAAUGUUUCCUUGGAAAAAAUAUGAACCCUUUUUGUAGGAUUUGAGUAACUUUCACCUAAUUUGACGUUCUUGUUCAUUUUCCGGUAGAGGUUUGAAUGUUCAACCAAGUAUUGGAAUGCAUUUUGAAUGAAUAAAAAAUGUUUUCUGUUGCAUGACCAAUACUCUCAAACACAGCGGUUGGCGACAACCAGUACCAGUUUGAUUCGAUUAGUUGGUAAGUUUUCCCGAAAUCCGAUGGGAGUUUCGCGUCGAAAGUUUGGGUCUAAGAGGCCACGAAAGAUCAAAAGAAGGCGGGGAACAGACACACCCAUGACUACUUGACUCACGGUCACUAACUUUCCAAAUGUUCGAGGCCUCGCGAGGCUUCGAUUUGUGCGAUUCGUGUUUUUGCAUUUUGUCCCUCGGCCGAAGCAGACCACCCAUUUGCGCGUUUUGUAGGCCACCACACACACUUGAGGACAAUCCGGAGAGGACGACGUCGAAGGACCAGCUGUUGUCCGAGAAGACGCCCUCGGACCUCCGUCUCAAGGUUUUUCCCUUUUCGAACUGUUUUUGUUCCAUCAAAACUUAGGGCGCGCCUUUGUUACUGGGGCAGUUUGACCUUAACCGUUCAUUUGAAUCAUCAGAAGCUUGCUGAGAAUUCGGAGACAUAGAAAAAAAAAGAAUUAUGGCAAAAAAUAUGUAGAAAACACGGGUUUCUUACCGGAAACUUUUAUCACCGAGCAGUGCGGCUUUGAUAUAAAUAUAAGUAAUGAAUGCACUUCUCGACGCUGAUUACGAAUUUCUGUUUGGAAGAUGAUACAGAGAUGAAUGAUGUUAAGUUUAGACCAUUUGGAGUUCAGAACUUAUUAAAAUAUUCAUAAAAAAAUUUCAUUUUUUUCGGCUGAAACAGUAAAGUUAAUCCCUUAUCAUAAAUGUUCUACGAAGCUCUAAUGAAUAUUUUCUUAAUUAUUUUCUCAAAACCAAGUUGCCUUCCCUUUUUCCCAUAAAACAAUCCAAUACAUCUUUACCCUAACAGUGUCAUUCCUCUCAAUUUACAAGGGAUUAAAACAGUACGAAGUUAUGUUUGAAGCUUUAACUCAUAAUCUCUUCGCUUUUUUUGCUUCCGCAAACAAGUUUUGGGUUCAGAUGCUGUUGUUUGAUCACAUGAUGGGCAUGAAAUCGACCGCACUUUCCGAUUCUGUUUCCAUCACAACUAUUUCUGAACUUUAAAUUUGAAGUCCAAAGCUUCAACUUUUUUUAAAAUUUUUCAGACGAAAUCGCAAUUAAAAUUGCAGGAAAAUUUAUUCACAUGAGCAUAAUAAGUGUAAUUGGAAACUUGUCCUGAGUUUUUUGGGCGUGUUUCUGAAGCUCAUUUAGCGAAAUUGCCUUCAUUUUCUUCUUUCUUGUCGAAAUUUUCUCAGAAGCGCAGAAAGUAAUGAGAAAGUUCAACUGCAAUAUUUAGUUCCAGCAAGUUUUUAGAUUCUUGCCGUUUAUUCAGUAGAGACCCUCAAAAAGAACACCCAAUGAUAUCAUAUAGCUGUACAUGUUUGCUUUGCACCUCUCGCCUCGGUCCGCUUUGUUGUACUUUCGGGCGUUCAGAACCGCUGACACAUUGUGGGAAAACCAACAUGUCUUUUUUUUUACUCUGAAACCAACUCCGAAUGAAAAGAGAACAAAUGCAGAAGUGAAUGCACGAAUCACGCGUGUUUGCCUGCUUUUCCUUGUAUUUAUUCGUUCUUUACCAACUUUCGUACCAAGUUCAGUUCAGCUCGUGAAACGAAGCCAUUUUUUCCGAAUUUUUUCUCACUGUUAAGGAAGUUUUCAUUUUUUUUUCUUGAUAAGUUUUGCAACGUGGCAAGAAUAUCGCUAGUUUUUUUUUCAUUCCAAAGGCUUCAAAAUUUUUCCAAUUUUUUUUCAAGAUUUUCGAAAUGUCUUUUCUUGGUAUUCUGAUGUGGCAGUUCUUAAAAAAUCGGAAUUUAGUUGAGUAUUGAGAUUCCUAAGAGUUUUUUGUUCAAUUCAUCAUAAAGUUUUUCAGCUACGAAAAAACCAGCAAUCAAAAUAAAACCUCUCUUGUGGUAAUAUAAAAAAAGAACACGAAAUUCACGUUUUUCACGAAAUUCCCGUAAUCCAUCUCAUAUGUAUUCGCACCAAUUUGAAACCUCUUGAAAAGUUUUCCAUGCGUUGGAUAAUCCGGUUAUUUUGCACUUUGCUUGCAUAAAAUACGCGCAAAUUUAUGCUCGAACUUUCUCCUGUAGGCUUAGAGGUUUGAAUUAUACCCGUUCAAUUUCGAUUCAAAUUCUUUUGAUGCUGAAAAAGUAAGUAGUGAAAAGUUCUUAGAUUUCGCAAUCCGCCUUUUUUUUCGAACUUGAGACUAAACUACACUGGCAGCUCUGUCAAAAUUUGGCGCCUCUUUUGUCUUUGCCGCAUUCAUCACAUCACUGGCGUCAGUGGGCGUUUUCGAAAUUUCGGCCGCGUUUGCCUUGUUUGGAUUGCUUCCAAUUUCCACGUGCACCAUUUGGAGUUUUACAGGUGGAAGAAAACGUGCACGAUUGGUUGCCCCGGGCUAUGCAACAACUGAGGGACGAGAACGAACAUUUGCGCUCUCAGCUCGAAGUCUUCCACAUGGCCAACAUUGAGGUGAUCCAACUAAAUCCAAAAAAAAAGUUUUUGAUAUGUGAAAAUGACCUAAAAUUUUUUUUUCCUUUCAAUUUUAAUUUUUUUCGAGCAAUUUUUUAAAUGAAUGCGAGUAUUGAUUGAAAAAUUUUCAUUGCAUGAUCGAAAUCUUCAGCCGGAACUGAAUAAGAGAUAGCGAACAAUCCAAAAAUUAUUUUUCACUGAUUGCCUUAUUUGUAAUAAUCCAGCAAAACUCCAAAAAAUAAGCCGUUUUGAAAAAAAAAACCGUUUUUUUAAACUUUUCAAGAAGUAAUAUUUUAAGGAAUUGCGUAAUGAAAUCGAAAAUCUGCGGAAGCAGCUCGAAGAAGCCAAUCAUACGAUAGAUGAGAUCGAGGUUGAAGCUGAGCAGGUAUGAAACUUCGCGAAUUCCAUAGCUUCAUUACACUUUUCCAGCAAUACACGGAGAUGUCGAGUGAGAUCGACGAACUUUGUGAAGUCGUGAUGAAAAAAGACGAAGAAAUCGCAAACCUAAAAGAAAAACUUGCCAAAAUGGAUCUCGACGACUCAAAGCUGAAAGAAGAUUUGGAGACCAAACGGCUGGCUAUCCAAAGACAUCUGGAAAUCGUUGAAAACCUUCGGUAAAGUCUUUUUUCCUAUUCCGAACCAAUUUUUUCCAGAGAUGAGCUCGAGCAACAAGAGAAGAAAAUUGAUGACCUCACGAAAGAAAAGGACAAAGCCAUAAAUGAAGCAAAAGAAGCCAAGCAGAAGAAUGACGACAAGGAAACGUUUUUGGCAAAUGUACGUCUUCUGAUCUUUAGAACGAUUCCUGAAGACAUAUGUUCAGGAAGCGCAAAUGUCGCUGGAAAUUGAAGACUUGCAACGAGAGCUCAACAAGCAGAAAUUGAUUUUGAACAGCACCAGCGUCGCCAAAAUUGCUGAUACGGUAAUUCAUUGGUCCUCCCAGAAAAGAAGUAGAAAGUUUUAGUUUGAACGGCGCAUUCUCGACCUGGAGAAUGCUGUUCGAGAAAGAGACGUGCUGAUCCACAAACAGAAUCAGAUUCUCAACAACAAUCGACGUUCGCCCACUUCCAGUAGGCCUUCUCCUAGCUAUUCCAGUAGAUUUUCUUUCUUGAACUUCUUCUGAACUGGAGUUCCAGGCAACCUCCCGAGUUCGACGAGCAGCUCAGAAUCCUUCCCGGUGAAUUUCGAUAGCAAAACGCGGGACACCAUCUACAGCUUUUUGUUGAGGUAAACGGAAAAAGAAGAAAAAAAUUAUAAAAAAAAUUUUAGCGACCGUCAUUCUCAACUCGCCAACAUUUACAACAUCGGAAGGAUUCUGGAGCUAUCUUCUCAAGAAGAGCAAACCUUGGAACGUCAUCUUUCCCGUGAUCGCUUCCUGUGA